AUGGCGGAGACCUCCGUGCACGGCGCCAUCCACCGCGAGUGCUCCGCUCCUCCUCCGAGCCGUAGGGAUCUUAUCAGCGGCUUGCCCGACGCCAUGAUCCACAACAUCUUCUCUUUUCUGCCCAUCCACGACGUCGUCAAGACCUGCGUCCUCUCCAAGCGCUGGCGGCCCACUUGGACCACCGCCACCGACCUUGUCUUCGUUGGAUACGAUGUAUACUUUGAACCCCCGCCUGACAGUCCCUUGUUCUUCCCGUCCAUUGUCGACAGCGUCCUGAGUCAGUUCUCCUCCCCCACGGUGAAGAAAUUCCACCUCACCCGCUUCAUGUACGACGAGGCCGACCGCCCCAGGAUCGACCUAUGGCUCCGGUUCGCGGUGCGGCGCUCCGUGGAGGAUCUCCGCUUGCGGCUGUCUCAACGGUCGCGGUUUUUUUAUGUACUGCCGGAGUUCUUGUAUUGCUUCAGCCGGUUGGUGCGCCUGGACGUCGGUAAGUGCUGUUUCUCGUUGGAUAUGACUAUUUGGUGGCCUUGUCUUAAGGUCUUGUCGAUCGAAGAUGCCCAGUUGAGUGAUGAUUUCCUCGGGCGAAUCUUCAGGGGAUGUCCUGUUUUGGAGUCCCUUGUGUUGUCCAGCUGCGAGGGCGUGAACAACAUUAUAAUUGAUUCGUUAUGUUUGAAAAAGUUGGUGCUCGUUAGCCUCGGCUUUGGUUCUUACGUGAAGAAACUUUGCGCCCCGCAUUUGCUUUCCUUGCGCGUAAUAGGAGGGAAUCAUGCUGGGUUCAGACUUGACGACGUGUCUUCUUUGGUGGAAGCCGAUUUAGAUUUUUCCGUUGAAAGUCGGGAUCCUAAUUCCAAGGGCCGCGACUUGUUGAGGCAUCUUCUUGAGAAGGUGCGCGGAGUUCCUACCAUCACCACCGGCGGUUGGUGUUUGCAGGUUCUGUCCCUCUUGGAGAUGGAUGGAGUGCCGUCUCCAUUGUCAAAAUGUCAGAAUCUGAUACUACAUGCACCAGUUAAUCAAUGGGACCUUCCCGGGAUAGCAUACAUGCUACGAAGUUCACAGUGCCUGGAAAAAUUAGUCAUAUACCUGACUUGCUUCCCGAUGGUAUGUUCCUUUGCUAUGGUAUUUUCGAUUCGCUUCUUGUGCUGACUUCUCUUUCGCAUUGAUGUUUAAACAAUGAGUUAAAACUUUAGAAGCACAUAAAGAAGAUCAAUCUCUAACUCUUAUUUGUUCCAGCAAUUGAAAAUUGCCCAACCCUGUGAGUCUAGCAGCCUGUGUGCAGGGCAACAUUAAGCUGUUUGGUUCAUGUCUUAAAGUAACUGCAGUGUUGGACUGGAGGUCCUUUUGCUGCCAUGUAGCGUUCGAAUCUUGAACUAAGAGUUUAGCGAUGAGCACCUAGAAAGAGAACAUGUUUAUAUGUGUAGACGAGUUUGAGAGCUUAAAUUAAAGU